AUGUCUGGACGCGCUGGUGGAAAAGCUAAGCCCUUAAAGGCACCCAAGAAGAAAGCUGUUGAUCUUGAUGAGGAGGAUCUUGCAUUCAAAGCCAAGCAGAGAGAGGAGCAGGCCAAGUUGAAAGAGAUGCAGGCAAAGGCUUCUGGCAAGGGACCUCUUCUUGGUGGUGGCAUUAAGAAGAGUGGAAAGUAAACUGGAGCAAGAUUAGUUUGUUUACAGAAGACGAAAGAGACAAAGUUUUAUAGGAC